UUAAGGUGGUUAUUUAUUGUUUCGAGAGGUGGCGGUGAUGCAUCCUCCCUGUCGACAGAUGCCACUAGUGUUUCCAUUUAAGCCGCUUGAGUUUGAGGAACCACUUGGCGUUUCAUGUAGACAUGCAUACACAGGUCGUCCCGUCGUGUUUUACAUCCACUUUGCAGUAAACAUUAUCAAGCAAACCUUUCUGACCGCAACUUAAUCUCCCUUGUGACAUCACGGGUCCAAUAGAAACCUAUUAAACCAUGUCGACGGUCUUCUCUUUCCAGACACAGCUGGUCUCCAUCAUGGACGCACUAUCCAAAACAGCUGUGAUGGAAAUAAGCAAACUGGUGGAGAUCGAAUCGAAGAUGCUGAAAAUAGAGAUAACUCGUGGGCGCAACGAAAUCGCUUCACUCACAGAGAAACUGCAGCUGAUGGAGAAACUGCUGUUUAUCGCACAGGGGGGCAGACAGGAGGCGGCGGCAUGUUCAGGGGUAAGGGGCGCUCCAGAAAAGGGGACAUUGGAGCCUGACAGGACAAGAACUGCCAUAAAAAGUGAGAGUCCAUGGGAUAGUAUUAGUUCUUCCACUGAGGCCAACAGUUUGCAUCCAAGUGAAGAGCAUGCUGCAGCUGAUCUCCCAAAUCCACAGGAAGACCAGCCUCAGUUGAUAGUGAUAAAAGAAGAGCCAUCCCAGGUGGACUGUGGAGACACUGAACACAACAGGAUGAAUGAAAACAGAAGAGAAGUGGUCACAGACAUCCAAAGGAGCUCAGAUGCGUUCCAGUGUCCUAAACCUGUAGCAGAACAGCAGCAGGGUGUGUUUACUGACAGCUUUAUAACCCUGAGCAAUCAGUCAUCUCUGGCUGGACCAGGGAGGAGGGAAAUGGAGUGGGAUUUACAGCUUACACCUGCACACACAAACCAAGAGACGGGGAAAGGCUUGGUUCAAAACGCCACCCCCCAAAGCCCGAGUGUGCUCAGGAAUAUGAAGAUUCACAGCUUGAGGAACUCAUCUGCUAAGAGGUUUGGCUGCCUGCAGUGUGGCAAGAGCUUCAGAUGCUUCAGCCAGCUUGAAAUCCACCAGAGGAGUCACACAGGAGAGAAACCGUUCAGGUGCACGCUGUGUGGAAAGCGAUAUGCACAAAAAGGCCAUCUUUAUACACACCAGCGCACUCACACCGGGGAGAAGCCCUACCGCUGUCCUAUUUGUGGAAAAGGCUUCAUUCAGAAAUGCACACUUGAUAUGCAUCAGCGUACACACACUGGAGAAAAACCUUUUGUUUGUAUCAAAUGUGGAAAGGGUUUUACGAAGAAUUGUAAUCUGAAAAAACACCUCGCAGUACAUCUAGAUCCUAGUUUGCACAUGUAUAAUAAUGAAUCUCGUGCACCAACAUUUAGUGGGACAUUCGUCAAUGGAACUACUUGAAACACCAUGUCCCGGUCAAAUGAAACUUCUGCUGCUUCAUAAUAAACUUACCUUUGCUUCGAUUUGUAUGGCAUACAAUUGUAUAUCACCUGACCUUGAACCAUAAAUAAAUUAUGUUUCACC